UAUGACGAAAGGGGCGCGACGCGGGGCGGCCCGCUGAGGCAGCGGCGGCAUGUUGCAGCCGCGGCGGCUGCUCGUCCGCCUCUUCGCCCGUUUCAGCCGCGCCCCCCGCCUCGGUCCGCGCCCGCUCGCGGCCGACCAGGCAUCCCCCGCCACCGGCGGCCAGCCCGGGGGCGGCGCGGGACGGCGGGGCCUGCUGGGCCUGCUGGCGCGGCAGUACAGCUGCGUGACGGGGCAGCGGGCGCGGCGGGCGCGGUGCCGCAGCGGGGACGGGGCGAGGGGCGGCGGAGGAGGGUGGUGGUCGGGCUGGCGGUGGCGGGGCUCACCCCGAGGCCGCCCCGCCUUCGCCGCCGUCGGCCGUUUCACGGCGACCCUGGCCGGUGUCUUCGUCUGGGACGGGCAGCGGAUCGAGGAGGAGGAGCUGCAGCGGUCCGCGCAGGAGAUGAAGCACAUGGAGAACGUCUCCAGCUUGUUACAGGGCAGCACCUCGGGCGACUAUCAGCGGCCGGAUCCCAAGUCGGAACGCGAGGCGGCCGCCGCGGCCGGGGAGCAGCCCUGGGAGAUGAUCAUGGACAAGAAGCACUUUAAGCUCUGGCGACGGCCAAUCGAGGGCACCCACUUAUACCAGUACCGAGUGUUUGGGUCGUACACGGACGUGACUCCCAGGCAGUUCUUCAACGUACAGCUGGACACCGAAUACAGGAAGAAGUGGGACUCGCUGGUCAUCAAAUUGGAUGUAAUCGAGAGAGACCUGGCCACUGGAUCAGAAGUGAUUCACUGGGUCACUCAUUUCCCGUAUCCCAUGUACUCGCGAGACUACGUAUACGUUCGACGGUACGGCGUAGACAAAGAGAACAACCUGAUGGUGCUGGUCUCACGGGCGGUGGAGCAUCCGAGCGUCCCCGAAGACCCCGAGUACGUUCGGGUCAGGACCUACGAAUCCCAAAUGGUCAUCCGUCCCCACAAAACCUUUGAUGAAAACGGUUUCGACUACUUGCUGACCUACAGCGACAACCCGCAGACCGUGUUCCCCCGUUACUGUGUCAGCUGGAUGGUCUCAAGCGGUAUGCCGGAUUUCCUGGAGAAGCUGCACACGGCAGCCCUGAAAGCCAAAAAGAUGGAGAUCGAAGUGCGGGACUAUAUGUCUGCCAAGCCCAUCGAGAGCGGCGGCGGCGAGGGGAAGGCGAGCGUGGCGGCGCCGGAGCACAAGAGCGACGGUACCUGCAGCCCUGCCCAGCUGGAAUACGCCUGAGGAGCCGAACCUCCGGCCCCAGGGCGGGAGCCGGGCUCUGGAGAGAGACCCCCGUGCCGCUUCAGCUGGAGCUUAGUUCAGUUUUUCCCUCCCAGCCUCAUCUCCAAAGCUCUGUUCCCUCUCGAGGACGGGGAUCCCGUCCCCGGCACCACGCGCGUUCAUGACCAGGCUGAUGAAAUCUCA